AUGUUGGAAACCUUUGAAUUAUUCUACGAGUCGGCUAGUGUAGGCGACGUUCUCGGUGUCAAUCGAUAUCUUGACAGUGGUGAAAUUGAUAUCAAUUUGAGACACCCGGCCAUGGAUGGACGAAGGACUGCGUUGCAUGUGGCAUGCAACAAUGAUCAUUUGCAGGUGGCAAAGGUGCUGGUGAAUCGAGGUGCUGAUAUUAGCAAAGAAGACGACAACGGGGAUACGCCAUUGCAUCUAGCAUGUGAAAUCGCUUCAUUUCGAAUUGUUCGUUUUUUGUCAAGUCGAGGCGCGGCUAUGGAAAAAAAGAAUCGUCGUUAUGGAUUGACACCAUUGGGAAUUGCUUGUUCCAGCUGUGAUUCGGAAUUGAUCGAAUUGUUGUUAGAUCAAGGCGCCGAUAUAAACACCAAGGACAAUGAUGGAAAUACAGCAUUGCAUGUAUUGUGGAAUUCUAAUUUGGUACGGCUGUUCUUGGAUCGAGGUGCGGAUGUGCAUGCAACAAAUGAUGGACAACAAACACCGUUGCAUUGCGCGUGCCAGAAAUCGUUUUUGGCCAUUUCUCGACUUUUGCUUGACCAUGGUGCCAACAAAGAGACAAAAAAUGAAGAUGGGUAUACACCUCUACAUUCUGCUUGUAGAGAAGGACAUUCGGCGAUUGUAAAACUGUUAUUGGAAAGGCAUGCAAACACAGAAGCCACAGACGAAGAGGGAAUAACACCACUUUGUACUGCAUGUGAAUCUGGUCAUUCAGAUGUCGCUAAAAUCUUGUUGGACGGAGGCGCCAACUUGGAAGCGAUGGAUGGGGGGAAUCAGACUCCGAUUUUUUAUGCGUGCUACGGUGGAGACGCUGCGGUUGUAAAGGUAUUGCUAGACCAAGGUGCAAACGCGGGCGUAAAGGACAAUGACGACACCACGCCUCUACAUAUUGCAUGCCAGCAUGGUUAUUCAGAAGCUGUGAUCCUCCUAUUGGAUCGAGGUGUGAAUGUGGAAGCCAAGAGGAAGGAUAAAAUGACAGCACUCCAUCUCUCAUGCUACAAUAAUCAUUUCCAGGUCGUCUGGUUGUUGCUAUCUCGUUUUCCAUGGCUAGUUCUAGGUCGACCAAACGUUGUCGAAGCACAGAAGAAGAAGAAGACGAAGAAGCAACGGAUAUGUUGA